UCUCUAACGUUCGCGUAGUUCGUGAUCGUCAGUGAUCGUAACAAACGCAAAGGAGCUGUUUGGUUAUUCACGUAGACGCAUGCACGCAAGUAAGAAAAAAUGGUGGUGACGGCAUCUUCUGUACGUCAACAGCUCACGAACUUAGCUUAUUCCGGCGGCUCGCACAAAGACCAGGCGGACAAGUAUCGGGCGAUAUUAGACUCAAUACUGUUGUCCCCCAGCGAAGAGGCGAUUGACGCUCUUAAGAUAUUCAUCGAAGCCAUCGUGAACGAAUAUGUGAGCUUGGUGAUCUCGAGGCAGGUCCUGUCGGACGUCAGCAACAGACUGCUGCUUCUGCCCGACGAGGUGUCGAUGGCCAUCUCGCAUUACACGUUAGACAAGAUACAACCGAGGGUGAUCUCGUUCGAGGAACAAGUCGCGAGCAUCAGACAACAUUUAGCAAAGAUCUACGAACGUAAUCAGAACUGGAGGGAAGCUGCGAACGUGCUAGUAGGAAUCCCCCUGGAAACUGGACAAAAGCAGUACACGGUCGACUACAAGCUCGAGACUUAUCUUAAAAUCGCGCGACUGUACUUAGAAGACGACGAUCCAGUGCAGGCCGAAGCGUUCAUCAACAGAGCGUCCCUCUUGCAGGCCGAGUCGAAGAACGAGCAGUUACAGAUUUACUACAAAGUUUGUUACGCCCGGGUGUUAGAUUACAGGAGAAAGUUCAUAGAAGCCGCUCAAAGAUACAACGAACUGUCGUACCGGUCAAUCAUACACGAAGACGAGCGUAUGACCGCGCUUAGGAACGCGUUAAUAUGUACAGUGCUGGCGUCUGCAGGACAGCAGAGGAGCCGCAUGCUGGCGACGUUGUUCAAAGACGAACGCUGCCAGCAGCUGCCCGCUUAUUCCAUUUUAGAGAAGAUGUACUUGGAUCGUAUCAUCCGGCGUUCCGAGUUACAAGAAUUCGAAGCGUUAUUGCAACCUCAUCAGAAGGCGAGCACGAUCGACGGACUGGGAUCGACUAUCCUCGACCGCGCGGUCAUAGAACAUAACUUAUUAUCCGCUAGUAAAUUAUAUAACAAUAUCACGUUCGAGGAGCUCGGCGCGUUGUUAGAAAUACCGCCGACGAAGGCGGAGAAGAUCGCCAGCCAAAUGAUCACCGAAGGCCGGAUGAACGGGUACAUCGAUCAGAUCGAUUCCAUCGUACACUUCGAAACGCGUGAAACUCUGCCGACAUGGGACAAACAAAUACAAUCGCUGUGUUAUCAAGUAAAUCACAUAAUAGAGAAAAUAGCUCAAAGUGAACCGGAAUGGAUAGCGCAGGCGAUGGAAGAUCAGAUGGUGCAUUAACAUCGAGUUUUUCUAACGUUAAAUAAUAAAACUAAAACGCAAACGGGACAUUUGAUACGCUACGGACAGUUCGAGGCAAUAAGGAUUGUUAUCAUUUCACAGUGCAACUCAUUCAUGUCUCUCUCUUCUUUGUCAAUCGUCGAAGAGUCGAUUUUUGUAUGAUUAAUAAAUUUUCAAUCGAAAUCUACAGGCUUACGAUUUAGCUGUUCUUUUCGUCUAGCUUUAUUAUUUAUGAAAAGCCGAACGGUGAAAUGUGGAAAAAGUUUUAUUUUAAACAAAGGGAUCGAUUACUGUAACAGUUUACGUAGGAUCGUUUAUAAACAUCACGCAUUAAGCAUAUUCCGAGCUACGGAAUACUGUAACGUUUCUCUUGUAAAUAAAAGCAUUCACACUGCACAUAAAUUUAA